AUGGUGGUGGUGAUUGUUAUGGAGGUAAUGAUGGUGGUUGAUGGUUACAUAGAUGAUGAUAAGAACUGGAAAUGCAUUUUAAAGCUGAGAACUUUAGCGGAAAAUUUUAUCAGGUGCAAGGUUGGUAAUGGAAGAAGGGAAAGCUUCUGGUUUGAUUCUUGGACUAAUCUUGGACCACUUAUAAAGUUUAUUGGAACAAAUGGACCUAGGAGCUUAAGGGUUGCGCUUAAUGCUACUGUUUCUGAAGCAUGUGAUUAUAAUGGAUGGAUAUUGGCAGCUCCUAGAUCUGAUAAUGCUUUGACUCUUCAUGUUUAUCUUACAACCAUCAGUCUCCCUACUGCUUCGUUGGAUGAUGACACCUUUGAUUGGGUGGUUGAGGAUAAAAUCUGCAAUGGGUUUUCCUCUUCCAAAACUUGGGAUGUGUUGAGACCAAGAGCUGAUGCGGUUAACUGGUUUAAUUCUGUUUGGUUCAAGGGAGCCACUCCAAGACAUUCCUUCAAUAUGUGGGUUGCUAACCUAGAUCGCCUUCCCAAAAAAGCUAGACUGGCCCGAUGGGGGUUGAACAUUGACACUAUAUGCGGUUUAUGCACUAAUCAUCACGAAGACAGAGAUCAUUUGUUCCUUACAUGUGACUUUGCUCUUUUCUUAUGGAAUGCGGUUAGCACCAGACUUCACCUGCCUCAGAUUGAUUUUACCACAUGGUCGGAGUUAAUGGCCUGGACUAGUAUCAAGAAUCGCAUGUCCCCACCAACUCUCCGGAAGUUAGUAGCUCAAUCGAUUGUCUAUAACAUUUGGAAGCAGAGAAAUAAUCACCUUCACAAUCAGAUCUACAUCUUGCCUUCUAUGAUCUUCAGGGACAUUGACAGGGAGAUAAAGAAUUCCAUCACAGCAAGAAGACAUAAGAAGAGGUUCAAAAAUCUUAUGACUCGCUGGCUGCAUUGAGACUUCCUCUUUGUAACUCUAAAUCUAUUGUUUUCUUGUUUAUUUUAUGCUAAGAAACCAAUGUAUAGGUUGUAAAACCAACUCUUCAUCUAUAUAAUAUUUGCACUUUAGCAAAAAAAAAAAAAAAAAAAAAAAAAAAAAAAAAAAAAACCCACACUAAUCAACCAUUUACAUAUUCAAUCUUACCCUACCAAAAAUAUUACAUUAUUUAGCUGAUAUAAUUAUAUAAUUUAAUAAAUGAUUUUUUCAUGCAUGUCAUGAUUCAAUCGUUCCAUUAUGCUAUCAAACAAAGUCUAAAUUUAUAUACAUGUAAAAAUCCUCUAUCAAAUGAGUCUACAAAACUCAUAAACUCACAAAUAAAACUAAAAUGUAAUGGCGUGAUUUAACAUGU